CGAAUAAGGAAACGGGACGUUCUAUACUUCUCCCAGUUUUACACAAAGGAAUAAAAUACGAUUAUUAUUUAUAUAUCUUUUUUCUGUUCAUUGAUAAAAUUUUUAAGAAUGAAGUAUAUUUUGAUAUUAUCCUUGCUAUUACUUUGUUGCAAUCUUGGUAGUACUAAGGAGAUUACGCACGAAGACAUUAAGGAUGCAAUGUUAAGUUUAGUACACAUGAUGCGCGAAAAUACGGAAAAAUUAGAAAGACACGAAGCACGAGAACGUCAGUUAGGAGAACAAUUAAAAAAGACAAUUGCUGCUUUAACGAAACGCAUGUCAACAGUUGAUACUCUCAAAUUACAGGUGACAAAGCUUGAUGAGAAAGUGACUGGAAUCGAACAGUUAAUGUCUCAGAGAGACGAACGUGAAAGAAUACAGAUGCAGAAAACUGUUGAUACUUUAGAAGAUCUGGAAAGUCGUUUAGAAGGUUGGCUUACACACAUUGAAAUUAAGGUGUCCGAAGUUAAUGCUCGACCAGAUGUUACACCACCUCCUGUUGACAAUGUGUCCUUAGUUUUCUCAAAAUUGAACAAUACAGAAUCAUUAUUAAUGGAAAGAAUUUCAAAAGCAGAGUCAAUAUUAAAAUCUGAAGCAACGAAAUUAAAAGAUAUCUCCAAUGUUCAAACAGGAACAACACAAGCAUUACUGACAGAGAUCCAGGAUGUUAAUUCGAGACUUAGGGACCUUGAGGUUUCAUUGGAAAAAGUCAGAGAACAUUCGCAAACAAUUAAAAAGAAAUUACAAGAAUCACAGUUUGAUGCAAUUUCUAACAUUGAUCAGUACGCAAAAGCUUUACCUCCUAUACAAAAACUUUUGGAAAAUGCAUCGGAACAAAUUAGAGAAUUACCAAGAAUUAACCACAUGCAGACUCUCCACAAUGAAUCUCAAAAACUCAUGCAAGAAGCUAAGCAUGCUUUAAAAGAUAUUGUCACUAGAGGAAUUAAUGAAAUAGAAAAUAAACUAGUUGAGGCUAAAGACGAAACGAAAAAUACGAUAGGAUCUCUUAGAACGGACUUGGCAACUAAUGCUGAACGUGUAAAUCAAGAAUUACAGGAUCUUGAAAAGGGACAGUCUGUAAUGGUCUCAAUGGCUGAUCAUGUCUUGGAUACUAAAAAAAGAGUUGAAUACGGGGUGCACCAAAUUCUCUUAGAAGUAGGAGAUUUAGUGAAAGCACAAAGUGUGAAUAUUAAUAACACUCUAAAUCAACGAUUUGAUGGUAUAUCAAUUGAUAUUAUGGACAAUCAGAAUGGAGCUUUAGCGAAUUUGACCUCUAAAAUGGAACAAGAAAUGAAUCAGGUAUGGCGGCAAAUAAAUGUCAUGUAUCAACAAAUGACGGAAAGUGCAAAAGCAUUAGAAAGGUUGCAUAAACAGAAUGAAGAAUACGUUAAUGGUACAACUACUACUAUGGGUGGAAUGGAAACCAAGGUCAGUGAGAUAACAAAACGUAUGAUAGAAGUCGAUGACAACUUAAAUUAUCUCUUGGGGCGACUGUCGCUAGUGACACAGGAAUUUAAUCAAAUAAAAACGGGAUUAGGUACUGCGUUAGAUAAUAUUAAAGCAUCCUUUAAAGAAGUACAAGAUAGAGCAAAUGACUUAAGACAUCCAGGCCCACAUCCAAUACCUGAAAAUUAUAAAGAAUUUAAUGAAUCUGAUAAUAUUAAACCAGAUGGUAAGCCUUUACCAGAAAUUGUCAAUCAUAUUUUCAAUCCUCAAAGUAAUUAACUUAUAUUUUGUGUAUCAUGUUCAGAAGUAGAACUUUAAAUCGUAACUUGAA